AUGGGUCUCGGCAUCCUUAACGACAAGCAUCUCGAGAACGUGCCCGGCACCACUCUCUUCUCGCAAGACCCGAAUGCGGUCGCCGAGUCGCAGUAUGCUGGCGUCGAACUUUCCGCCUUGAAGCACGGCAAGGGCCGCAACAGCCACAUCGUCCUUGUUCCACAGCCGAGCGACGACCCGAACGACCCGCUGAACUGGCCGCGCUGGAAAAAGCACUUGACAUACGGCGUUUUGAUGUACGGCACGGUUCUUUGCGGUGCUCUCGGUCCUCUCGUAGCAGGCGCGCAAGUCGAGAUGGCACAAAUUUUCGGCGUCUCGCUUCAAGCUAUGAGCAGGGCGCUCGGCACUGCUCUGGUGGCUACGCUCGGUAUCGCGACCCUCGUCUGGGCUCCUCUCGCCACGAAGUACGGCAAACGACCGGUCUACCUCCUCUCGACUGUCUUCAUGCUCGUCGGCACAAUCGUCGCAAGCGAGGCGAAGACGUACGGCGUCCUUCUCGGUUCGCGCAUCCUCCAAGGCGUCGGACAAGCCGUGUGCGAGUUCCUGUGCGGGUCCACCAUCAACGACAUCUACUUUGUCCACGAACGCGGCUGGCCCAUCGCGCUUUUCACGAUCGCCCUCCUCAAUGGCAUCAACGUCACUCCCCCAAUCAGCGGUCAAGUCUUCGCUCACCUCGGUUGGAGGUGGUGCUGGCGCAUCUUCUACAUCGCCACGAUUCUUCUACUCGUCCUUCAAAUCUUCUUCUUGCCGGAGACGACGUACAACCGCCGGCGGGUCGUGGCCCCGUCCAAAGCCACCGACGAGAAGCUUUCCGACCUCGACAAGCCUGAGCUCGACCAGCUCGAGUCCGGUUCGAGCCACAUGCACAAGCAGAAGAAGUCGUUCCUCCAGGAGAUGAGCCUCUACUCUGGCCCCUUCGACAAGGACCGCUCGUUCCUCCAGCUCGCCUUCGAGCCGGUCGCUGCCCUUCUCUCGCCGGCCGUCUUGUAUGCGGUGUGCACGUACGGCCUCUAUAUCACGUUUCUGGUCGUGAUAGCCACCGGCUCGGCUCAAGUCUACGUCGGCGUCUACUCAUUCGGCGCAGUAGGCGUCGGGAACACCUACCUCGCGCCUCUGGUCGCGGACUUCCUGGCCGCAGCCCUCGUCGGGCCCCUCACCGACUACCUCGCCCGCCGGCUUAGCGCCGCCAACGGCGGCAUCUUCGAGCCCGAGUUCCGUCUGCCCGUCAUGCUCGCUUUCUUCAUCUGCAGCGGGGCAGGCUUCAUUGGAUUCGGUCUCAGCAUCCGCAACCACCUCUCGUAUUGGGCGCCGAUCAUCUUCGCUGGCAUCCUGAACUUUGGCAUCACCAUCGGCUGCCACGGAGUGAUCGCCUACGUCGUCGAAUGCCACAGGCACUCCAGCGAUGCUGCCCUAGGAGCAGUCAUCUUCGGGAAAAACGCCUUGAGCGCAAUCUUCACGUCCUUCACCAACAUCUGGCUGGCGAAAGGAGUUGACCUGGCUUUCAUCGAGAUGGGCAUCCUUUGCAUCGGAACAAGUCUCUUCACUGUCCCCAUGUGGAUCUACGGCAAGCGCGUCCGCUCUCUCAUCGCGCGCAAGUUGCACAUCGAGCGUGCGGCGGCAACGGUCGUCGACUCUUGA